GGAGGAGGAGAAGCGGGAGGAGCGCGAGGAGGAGCGGGAGAAGGAGCGGGAGGAGGAACGGGGGAAAGAGCAGGACAAGCAGCGGGAGAAGGAUGAGCAGCAGGAGGGGGAGAGGGAGGAGUGGGAGGAGGAGGAGCAGGAGAAGGAGCGGGAGCGGGGCUAUGGCAGGAUCUUUGUCACGUUGUUUGGCGAAGGAGGAGCAUGAGGAGGAGGAGGAGUGGGAGGAGCGGGAGAAGGAGCGGGAGACGGAGCGGGAGGAGGAGUGGGAGAAGGAGCGGCAGAAGGAGCGGGAGGGGAAACGGGAAGGGGCGGAGAAGGCGCGGGAGGAGGAGCAGGAGGAGGAGUGGGAGGAGGAGCAGCAGGGAAAAUGGGGAGGGGGUUAGGAGUGGGAAGAGCGUGAGGGGAAACGGGAACGGCCGGAGGAGGCGCCGGAGGACGAGCGGGAGAAGGAGCAGACGGGUUGAAAGAGGGGCAGGGGGCGGGGGGCAGGGGGCGGGGGGCAGGGGUGGACAUUGAUUGAUUGAUUUUAUCCAAAAAAAAAAAAAAGAUCGCCCCAUUCUCCUUUUUUUGUUUUGGUUUUUCAAUCAAUCAAAUCAACUGUG